CCGGCAAUGGUUAAUAUUCCCAAAACGCGAAGGACCAUUUGCACUGGAAAAUGCAAAUCUCAUCAAAUUCAUAAGGUAACGCAGUACAAAGCUGGCGCCGCCUCUCUCUACGCACAAGGAAAAAGACGUUACGAUAGAAAGCAAUCUGGUUAUGGCGGUCAAACUAAGCCUGUAUUUCGUAAAAAGAUAAAGGUUCAUAAAAAGGUUUCACUUCGUUUAGAAUGUCAGAAGUGUAAGCGCAAGAAGCAGAUAAAGCUUAAACGCUGUAAAAAUUUCGAACUUGGCGGUGAAAAGAAGAGGAAAGGGCAAGCUAUUCAAUUUUAAACCUAAUUAGAACUCCUUUCAUUUUAUUGU